GUCUUGUCAACCACCCACAAUACGGAGCCAUUGCCGGUUACGACCGCGCCACCUCCCACUUCUCUCUUUCUCUUCUUUCCUAUUCCUUCCCUGCGUCCCACUCCUCCUCUCUGUAGAUGAUCCCUCAUUUGUUUCUUCUUUGCUUAACCCAAAACUUGUUUCGGUGCAAUUACUGACUCGUCCUUUGAAGCCGAAAAGCCAAAAAGCUUCAUUCUCUUGCUUCAUCUUUCGAACGGUCUCCCCCCCUUCCCCUCUCCGCCAUGAAUAUAUAGACUCACUUGUGCUCCUGAUCCCUUGGUCAAACUAUUAGCAAUCUCUUGUUAGUUUUAGGGUUUUAAGUUGUUAGCUUGUUUAGAUAACGUAGGGUUUUCUUUCCCGGCCUUCCCUUCUGUCUUAGUGGUCCAAGCUGCUGCUUAGUUGGACUGAUUAGGUGAGAGAACCUGGUAUUAGAAUAUUGGAUGGAGGAAUAUAAUAAUAAUCUGAGCGAAAACAAUGGCGGAAGGGCUAAUUUCUUGUACUCUUCGGGUGGUAUUGGGUACGGAAGAAGUAGCAGCGGUGGUUCCAGCGUUGCUCAUCAGUUGCCUAUCAAUACUUUCCAUCUUCAGUCCGGUGCUUCUGACUGCUUUCACCAAUCCGAUCAGCCUCAUCCCACUGUCAAAACCGAAGCCAAUACCUCGCACCACGCUCAGAUUUUUCAGUAUCCUCUACUCAGGGGGAAUCUUCACAUGAUGCACCCCCAAGGAGGAGGCGCUGACAGCUCCAACGAGGUUGAAGCUAUCAAGGCUAAAAUCAUUGCACAUCCUCAGUACUCCAACCUCUUGCAAGCUUACAUGGAUUGCCAAAAGGUGGGAGCUCCACCGGAAGUGGUGGCGCGUCUGGCUGCUGCUCGCCAGGAGUUUGAGGCACGGCAGCGAUCUUCAUCUGCUUCUCGGGAGGUUUCUAAGGACCCUGAACUGGACCAAUUCAUGGAAGCUUAUUAUGACAUGCUUGUGAAGUAUCGAGAGGAAUUGACGAGGCCUAUCCAAGAAGCCAUGGAUUUCAUGCGCAGGAUUGAAACUCAACUCAAUAUGCUUUGCAAUGGAUCCAUCCGUAUCUUCUCUGAUGAUAAGUGUGAAGGGGUAGGCUCGUCUGAAGAGGAUCAAGACAAUAGUGGCGGAGAAACAGAGUUGCCGGACAUUGAUCCCAGAGCUGAAGACCGUGAACUUAAGAACCACUUGCUGAGGAAGUAUAGCGGUUACUUGAGCAGCCUCAAGCAAGAACUGUCCAAGAAAAAGAAAAAAGGAAAACUGCCCAAAGAUGCCAGGCAAAAGUUGCUCAACUGGUGGGAAUUACAUUACAAAUGGCCUUAUCCUUCGGAAUCAGAGAAGGUGGCGUUGGCUGAAUCAACUGGGUUGGACCAGAAGCAAAUAAAUAACUGGUUCAUAAAUCAAAGGAAGAGGCACUGGAAGCCAUCUGAAGACAUGCAAUUCAUGGUGAUGGAUGGGCUUCAUCCACAGAACGCGACUCUCUAUAUGGAUGGCCACUACAUGCCAGAUGGUCACUACCGCCUGGGCCCAUGAUAUGUGUAUGAUCCCACCAAGUUAUUACAUUAUAUAUGUUGAAUGCAAGCACGGUCCUUACCUGAACAAGAAAGAGCUACAAGUUCAGGGAGACCAACGCAUUUAAGUUGACUGUGCAGUGUGAUAGUGUAAGCGUUGCUAGUUUUAUAUAUUGCAUUUGCAACGAAUAUUUCUGCAGCUGGCAUUUUCAUUAGACUUAGGAGCUUCGAUCGUGUAGCAAUAAGUAAUUCAAAUGUUGUUGGAUAUUGAUGUUACAAGAAGGAUGUGUCGUCGUUGCUGUACUUGUGUUAAUCGUUUUGUCAAACCAGAAUCUAGUGUGUAAUUUUGUUGUGAUUGAUUGGAAGCACGUACGUGGGAGAAACUAUUUGCUAA